AUGAGCCAAGUUAAGAACCUCAGGGCCAUGUUCGAGAAUAAAGGAGAUGCCCCAAAUCCACCUGAGCGCGGGCGUACUCUCACCCCUUCGAGUAAGCUCUCCUCCGCUCCCUCCACUCUUAGCCGAAUUUUCGUCGCCGAAAGGACCGAGUCGAUUGCCGCGAUCGACGAUCCCAUCAAGGUUGUAUCGAUCCCCGCCAGGGUAUCUGAGCCUGCCGUCAUAAGCACCCAACCUCCCGCUCAGUCGGGGCCUCCGAACGAACCGGUCGUAUCUGUGCUUACAGCCUCGCCGCGCAAGGCUACGACGGGGCCGAAGAGAGAAGGAACUCCCGACGCCGCCGCGAAUGUGAAUGGCCGCCAAGCCGACCCACCAAAUUCGCUUCGAAAGGAAGCGCGUGAUGCCCCCGCUAAGCGAAAGUUGGAGGCAAAACCGAUCGAGGAGAGCCUCGAGUACGAGAAGGCUCCCUUCGCGGAAGAGCCGAUCACUGAGGAUAUGGUCAGGGCCGCCAAAGAAGCCGCCUCUAAUGCCGUUGCCAUCGCGCCUGUGACAUGCGAGGGCACCGAUCCCAGAAUUAUGGCGGGUGUCGAUGCCAACCUCGGACCUACUAGAGACCUAUCUUCCUCCUCCGAACUCCCACCAGUAGAGACGGACUUCGAUGAGCAGGCGCCCCCAGACGAGGGUUCGAACGCAGUAAGCAGCCUCAAUCGUGAGGAUACAGCUGUGCCUGAUGUUGCGGGGCCCGUUCUUGAUGAACUUAUCGGAGUUGACGAGCCCGUUGCCAUCGAUGAGUCGGUUGGCAUCGAUGAACCCGAUAAUACUGUGCCUAUUCAGCCCGAGCCUAUCAUUUUGGAGCAAACCACGCCCAUCGUUACUGGGGUGGUGAACUCAGUGAUCACCCCUACCACUGAUGUCGAGCAAGGUUCCUAA